CUGGUGACUACAACUGACAAACAUGGAUCUGCUAACAAUCUUCUGUUACUUUCUGCUUUUAUUUUUUGAUCCAUCUGCAGCCACAAGCCUCAUUACAGCGGAUAUAUUUGAGGCCAGAGGUCAACGUGUGUGCAAGGCAGGAAAAGGGAGACCGUGUUACAAGCUGGCCUAUUUCUCCGAGCUCCGGCGAAGGCUGAACUUCGCAGAGGCAGAGGUCGCCUGCAAACGGGAUGGAGGGCAGCUACUGAGCGUGGAGUCUGCGUCUGAGCAGAAGAUCAUAGAGCAGCUCAUCACAGAGCUCCGCCCGACUGAUGGAGACUUCUGGAUUGGUCUCCGUCGUAACCAUGGAGAUGAGGACAGCAGCUCAGACUGUUCCUCACAGUACUACUGGCUGGAUGGCAGCAAGUCUACCUUUAGGAACUGGCACUGGGAUGAGCCAUCAUGCGGGUAUGAGGUAUGUGUGGUAAUGUAUCACCAACCAUCUGCUCCCCCGGGUCUGGGGGGGCUCUACAUGUUCCAGUGGAACGAUGACAACUGCAACACCAAGAACAACUUCAUCUGUAAAUACACUGCAGAGAAGCCACUGGACCCUUCCCCUUCUCCCAACUCCACGCAAACAGAUGUCUUCCCUUCAUCUGCGCGGCCGUGGGAUCCGAAUGACCACAACCAGAACAGAAAUACAGCUCUGAAUUUGGUUUACAUCAUAAUUCCCACCAUUCCCCUGAUACUGCUGCUGCUGACAGUGAUUGGAGUCUGCUGCUUCAAACUGCUUGUCAGACGAAGGAGAAAACAGCAGAAAUCAGAGGUAUGCCAGACAGACCCGGGCCUCUGCCCCAGCCCAGCUCCAACAGACGUCUACAACGUCAUUCGCUCCCAGAAGGACGAUGACCUGGUUUCAACUCGCCCACAGACCAAAAACACUUCCUUUUUAUGCUCCUCCCCUGACACACCGACAGGUGACUACGACAACCUGGGGGGUCGGGACACAGAGAGCGGCUUUGUGACUCUUGCCAGCACAGAGAGCUGCUUCCUCAACUUUGACAUCAAUGACCUCAGCCUUGGACGUCGUGGCACCCGCGACUUCUACGACACCAGCUUGGGCCGCUCAGGAAAGAGGGACCUGAAUGACAGCAGUCUGGGUCGCACUGGGCACAGAGAGCUUUAUGACAGGAGUCUAGGUCGUCGUACAACAAAGAGCGAGCAUUAUGGCAGCAGCGUGUAUGGGGACCAUGGAUUGUACGAUGUCAGCAUCAGAGGAGGGAGUGACCUCUAUGAACCCAAACUGAGGCCUGGGGGUUACACAGCAAAGGCCGACCUCUAUCAGACAUACAUCAGCAACGGCAAGGAAGACACUUACCAAACCAGCCUUGGAACCUACGGAAACCGAAAAUCCUACCAAGCAAAUCUGGACUCCUACAGAAAUGGCCUGAAUCUUGACGGUGGAAAGAGAUACUUCAAUGAACAAGAUUGGAUCAACAGGGAAAACUACUGAUCCUUUAUUGUGUGUGUACAGCUGUGUAUGUGUGAUUGUGGACGGGGACCAGAGAGUGGCAAAAAAAACUGCAUGUUUGUGGUUCUAAUUGUUUGUAUGGUACGUUUCUGAAAUCUUUUAGGGGAUGAACAUCAGGUCAGGACAAGUUCAAAUUAUAUUUUGUAGCUGGGCCCACAACUGUGGUAUUUAGUUUGUGGUAAUAUUUAAGCUCUGUAUCUUUUGAAAUGAAAGAGUCCAGUCCAUAAUAACUGUUAUUUCCAUGAGCACCAACAAUCUAUUCACCUUUAUUAUAUUGGGGUGGCAGAGGAAAUCUCAAAGACAAACAUCUCAAAGCCACCACAAAUAAAAACAAAACAAUCAGCGUCUA